AGAGAGAGAGAGAGAGAGAGAGAGAGAGAAUGCUCUACGAUGGGGAGCGAGAUACUAACUAGCCUAGCAGCAUCGCCAUGGCUUUUAAGAUACCCCCAGCCAGUGAUGCAUUCUCAAUAGAGCGUUUUCCAAGCUAGUAAAUGUUGAUAUAAAUAGAAACCCAUUCGGCAGAGAUACGGUACGACCACAGCAGCCUCAGCAAUGGCCGGGAUUAUCAAAAAGCAAAUUCUGAAACAUUUGUCAAGGUUUACCAAGAAUCUGUCCCCAGACAAGAUCAACCUGAGUACCUUGAAGGGCGAAGGGCAGUUGUCCAAUCUUGAGCUUGAUGAAGAGGUUCUGCAGAACAUGCUGGACCUGCCUACCUGGUUGGCCGUCACACGUGUCUACUGCAACAAAGCCGCGAUCAGGAUACAAUGGACUAAAUUAAAAACAAGCCCCAUCUGCCUGUUUCUGGAUAAAGUGGAGGUAGAAAUGAGGACAUGCGAGGAGCCACGUCCUCCCAAUGGCCCCUCUCCUAUCGCCAUCACAGAAGGCCAGAGCGAGUACGGCUUUGCCGAGAAAGUAGUGGAGGGCAUGUCUGUUAGGAUCAACUCCAUCACCAUCAAAGUGCACGCUCGGGCUUUCCAUGCCUCCUUUGAGCUGUGGCAGUUGCAAGGCAACAGCCUCAACCCCAAAUGGCAACGCAGCGACCUCCGCUUCACUCGCAUCACAGACCCAAAGAGAGGAGAGGUGUUGACCUUCAAGGAAAUUAACUGGCAGACUUUGAGGAUCGAGGCAGACGCCAUCGAGAGUGACGACCAGGAUUUGGGUAGCACCCCGUUGCGCCUCAUCACUAACCAGGGACGCAUUCGCAUUGCUCUAAAACGCAGAAUAAAGGACUGCAACGUGUUGGCUUCCAAGCUGCUUUUCAUUCUGGAUGACUUGUUGUGGGUACUGACCGACUCUCAGCUCAAAGCCAUUAUCCGCUACGCCAAGUCGCUCAGCGAGGCCAUGGAGAAGUCUGCUCAGCAGAGGAAGAGCAUGACUGCAGAGUCCCUGCAGACUGCUCCGCCAUCACCUGGGCUCCACAACCUUUGGGCCCAGUCAACACCCGCUCAUAUUGGCUCACCCAACAACAUGAGUCAAUAUUUUGAUCGCUUUGAUGUGAAGGAAUCUUCUUACCACACUUUCAUUUCCCGCUUGGACCUUCAUGUAUGCAACGACAGUUCCUCUGUAGCUGAAGAUCUAGAAGAACCUCCAGGUUUGCAAGGUGCAAUGCAGUUGACCUUCAGGAAGUUGGGUUUUGACUACUAUCCUGUUCACCGGCAGGCCGAUGGAUGUCGACACUGGGAACGCCACAGCGGAGCUAUGGAAGCUCAGGCGCAGUGGGCAGGCAAACUGCUACACGACUACCAGAUGAGAGCAGAGUCGUUCGGGUUUCCGGGUCCGUGUACCGAGACGCCCGAGCCACACGACGAUUCCCCCGCAAGGACGCCUCGAGAUGGAACAACAAGCCCAAAGUCAAAUCUCUCUGACAAAGAACAGUCAGCCAGAAACAACUCCGGCGCCAGUCCUUCGAGCUCAACUCUGAAGAGUUUGCGAUCAAGCUGCAUGGUGGUUCGGAUAGACGACGUUGACAUUCACCAGGUGUCUACAAAGAGCCGCCAAAACAAGAAAACCCAGCCACUGUUGUCAUGUAAUCGUAAAGUUUUGCAUCUGCCAGAUAGUGUACCAGCAGUUCAUCUGCAGUUUACUGAAUACUACUUUCCCAACAACCCCAGUUUCUCAGUGCCAACCUCGAACCUGUACGGCCAGGUGAAUGGCCUCCAGCUGUGUGUUGACCCAGAAAGUGUCUUGUGGAUUAAUCUGUUUUCAAGAGGGCUGCUACACACUCUGGACCAGGUCAAAGCUUUCUACCAUUUGCAAGACAGCAGCAAAGCAGACGAGCAUGUUGACAUCCGUCUGGAUGCAGCUCAGCUCAAGGUGGUGAUUCCCUUAGAUUCUUCUAUAUUGGACCAUCCAGAGCGUCCUCGGUCCCUUUCUGUUACUGUACCUCAGAUGGCUCUCAGCAACACCCGCCACUGUCCCCACGGCUCCAAAGCUGACCUCAGCAUGACCUGUGACACCUUUGCAAGCUGUUCCUUCUUCCAGCCCGAGCCGCCAUGUCCUUACCCCAGAGACCGUAGUGCCUUCUGCGCCAUCCCCUCCAUUUUCUUCCAGCACUCCCAAGAGCCUUCACCGACCGUUCCGAAACAACUGCGAUCCCAAGACGUCUGGUCCCUAAGCCUGUCCCGUGUCGCGCUAGGUUUCGAUGGAACACGAAGACUCCCUAAAGGCAAAACGCACCCUUUUGUGGAGCCCUUUGCUGUGUCCGUAUGGAUGUGCAAGCCCGCUGCCUGGUUCGGGGAUUCAUCACAUUACCCCACCAGCCCAAGCGAGGGCCAUCCGCUCCCCUCUGAACAACUUGCCCACAGAGAUGCCGCGCUUGCUUUUGUCCACGUCAUUGCUCACGUCAUCACGCCGGUCAAGAUGUGGCUCAACCACUACCAAUAUGUUGCCUUGCUGAGAAUGAAGGACGCCAUGGCGCGUUUGGGAGUGGAAUUAAGUCGGGAUCUAAAGGACAUGAAGCAGAGUUCUGACCAAAAGUCAAAACCGACCUCGGUUUGUCUUGCCCUGCUUUUGGACUCAGUGGAGGUGGGUCUCCUCUUACCACCAGCCGGCACGGACCACGAGGAAGAAGUCCCCCAUACUCCAGAGACCGACAGCCCCAGUCUGACGGACUCCGACAUCUCCCCUGCGCAUCAUUCUACAGAUUUGAUCCCCGAGGACAGCGGUUUAGAAAACGGCGUGUGCUCCCUCAGCACAGCCCACGAUGAUCAAGACGGAACGGUGGAGGAGGCUUGUGAGGCUGUAGAAGAGGCACUGGAAGGUGAUGUCUCGGCCAUCCUUGAGGACACCCCAGUCCUGUCACCUCAGUUCUCACCCGGAAACUCCCCGAGCCUCUCCAGAGAGCCUUCCACCUUCAGCCUGGAGGGAGAACUAUCAAGCGCCAUCAAUGUCACCAAAGAUGUGACCAAAGAUGCCAUCAGUGCCUCGCUGGACUUAACCAAAGGCGCCUUUUCAAAAACAAGAGACGCCUUUAGCAUAUUGAGCCGUGGCUCCGGGAUGAGCAAACUGUUCAGUCCGCAGACCAAGGAACAAGUCCAACAUCCAGAGGAGCCUUCCCCCUCCCUGGUGUCCAGCCUACGGCACCAAAUGAUGAAGCAGUCGCCUUCCCUGCAUUCUCUUGACAGUGCCAUCUUGGAUGGCAGUCUGCCAGAUGAAAACCUGUCUGUGGGAAGUGACACCAGCGACAAUUUUGUCGUUCUCAUGGAUUCAGAGUCCGGCGUAGAUUCCGCACGCGCCAGUGUCAAUCCUUCAGGCAGCCCUGCUCUUGGCACAGAGGGAGGCUCAUCAGCUGAUCUCAGCAGCUCCUUGUCAUUCAGUACAGAGGACGUGUCUGCGGAUAUGUCCUCUGUGUUGUUACUUAUUCUAAAUGGGACAUCCUGCACUGUGGAAAUAAAGGGAGAGGACCAAGUUAUUGCUGUACAAGCCCAGAAUCUAAGCUCUGUACAGAUGGGUAACAUCAGGGUUUUAGACCUGCUGGCUGGUGUCAUUCAAGGUAAACUUGAACUGCUGCUAACAGACACACUGCUAACAACAUACAACAUGUAUGGGUCACCUUGCCCUCAACUUUCCCUUUGUGCAGCUCCUGCCUACAAGUUGAAUGGGCAAGGUAGCAGAGGCUCACCCGCAGUCCGUAUGCGAGCAGAAAGUGGUCCAUCUGCGGCACGACGCGCUGAAACGAGCGAGUCUUUGGGUUUGCUGGAUGUCAGAGUGCAAGACUGCCACGUCGAGGUGUUAACCUCCACCGUAGCAAACAUCGGACCUUUUCUGGAGGAUGAAUUUAGCGUGGAUGGUCAGCCGAUGAACGUACACGUCAGCAACGUAACCAUUACAAUUAAGGACGAUAGCCCGAGAAUUUACCCAACAGCUCCUCAGCCAACUUCAGCCACAUUUGUUGUCGAUCAGCUGCUUCUCAAACGCGGCGAAGAUGGAAUCAUGAGGCUCAAAGCUGAAGGUCUGGACAGUCCAAAAUAUUCCUGCUCUGGUAAACAGCAGAGUGAGAGGCAAAACCUGCAGUCCGAGCUUUCGGAUGCCCAGAUGGCCCUCACGCAGGCCCUCAGUGACCGAGAUCGCCUCCUACUAGAGAUAAAGAAGUAUGACCCUGAGUUUAGCCUCUGAGCCUCGCGGCUUUCAUGCCUCUAUGCUGAUCUUGUCGAAGAACAUCGUCAGAGGCCACUACUACUCUUUCCAAGCACAUUUGGAAAGUCAAGCUGAUUAUAUGAUGACGCUGCAAUAAUUAGGCAGUGCAAUUAGCCUACUAAAGUGGAACAUGGUCCGAUAACUAGCUGAUUAUAUGAUGACGCUGCAAUAAUUAGGCAGUGCAAUUAGCCUACUAAAGCGGAACAUGGUCCGAUAACUGGUAGUUUGGUAAUUAUCUGGACAAUGACAGUUUUUUUUUUGACUCAGUGGAUUUGAAAUAAAACGUUCAAAUAUUGACUUUUGAAGAAUUUCAAAAUGAUUGCAUUGCAAUGCUUUGUGCGGCACAUGUUAUGAUGAUCGCUAUUAAAGCUAACGUUUUGACUAUAUUUUUUUACGGAAUAAUUUCAAAUCCAUUGUGAGAUUCUAUUGAAGAAAUGUAUUGCUUUUCACUAAGUCAAUGUCCAAAUAAUUCCUAGCCAAGUACACUACGCACUGUACUCUUAUCAGACAGUGAUUCAAUUGUUUUCUGCCCACAUGGACAGUAAACUCAUUGUAUGGUUUUUGUAUUUGUCAUGCAGCAUGCUCCGUUAGAUACCAUCAAGCUUUAAAUUCUUUCCACUUGAUAGUUUGUGGCGUGGAUAUUAAGAUUGAUUGCGUGUCAAAUACACACUAAUCGCAUGACUUGGUACUGUAGUUUGUACAAUAGACGUAUUUAUUUAUAAAAUUAUAACGUAGCAUCUCAAGUCGAAUACAACAAAACUGUUUUUUUUAAAGCGUAAUACAUUGGCAUAUGCAAGUCGAAGUUCACCUUGUUGCCAUCUUCACAGUUUAUUAUUUCCGUGCAGUGUUGUAAAGGUUACGAAAAGUAUUGUAUGCAUUUUUAUUUCGGCGCCUUUGCAGCUUGUAAGGAAACAAGCUGCUAGUGUUACUACCUGUGGACACUUGACGGUGACAGCACACCGAGCUCGUUUGUUUACUUGUAUGCGCGUAGGACGUAUCGACGCAAUUUUUUGGUUCACUAACACUCACAGUAUUUUGGAACCAUAAGAUGUCUUUGCGGUACUAAUUAUGCAUGCUCAUGCAGUGUCACGUAAAGCACUUUUCUGAACAUUCAAUAAUCCUGUGAAUUAGAAUUGAUGUAUUAGAGCAAAUGCUUGCGUUUUCUAUUUAAUGCAGAAUAAUGACGUAGCCAUUCAUUGUAACACGUUAUUCAUUACAUGAAUGCUUUAUUGAAAAUGUUGAUAUCUUCUCUGUUGUCAUAUGUUGUACGGUAUUUUUGCCUCCUAUUUAUUGCCUUUGGAGAGGUGCGCAAUUUACAGACCUCUCAGGUCACUUGAUCAUCUCGGCCCACAAGGGAGACCUCUUGUGGUUCUAACUCGCCAAUGCACUCCUGUCAAGGUUACUCCGCUGCCUUCCAGUAGUGGAUGUAAAGAGGAAUGUUACAUUUCUAAGCAAUAGAAUGAUCAAGAAAACGUAAAUGUAGAUUAUCUCUGCCCUCCAAAGCAAAUGUGUACUGCAGAAACGAGUGGCCCACUAAAGAGGAUUUCUUUGUGUGUUUUCUCUCGAAUGCAUGAACUUCCAAAUAUCAAGGUGUUGUUUCCUUUGCACUUGUGUGAGUAAAACCACAGAAUUUUUCACUCACUUUGACAAAGUAGCAAGAUGGCAGGUGUAAGUGUUUUGAACCCUGCGGACAUUACUUGUGUGGAAUAUUACAAUUUAUGUCUUUAUCACUUAAGACUAAUAUGAAAUUGGUUCUGUGAACCAUUAGCGAGUGUAAAGUAUUUUAACAGAAUAAAUGAACACUUGCUGAACACA